AUGGGUUCUUUUCUUGUUCGAGGAUGGAUUGUGGCCGCAUUACUACUACAAACGAGUCUCGCUACGACACUGAUUGCUGAGCCAACCGUGACUCCCACUCCUACUGCUGUGGCGACACACCAUAAUCAGCAUCAUCAUAAUCAUCAUCACCAUCACCACUGGUCUUAUGUCUCUAGACCUCUGCCUAGCCGCAAACCUUGUCCUGUUCGCUCUUCAUCGGCAGUGCUUGCCUCUAGCGUAAUGCCCACUUCAACUCCUCUUCCGAGUGUAGUUCCUAGUCACUCACCUCGGCCGCAUUGGAGCCAUACCCCUAGACCUCACUCGUCGCCUGUGGCUAUUCAGACCCCUUCAGCUCCUGUUUCCACUUCUGUUACCCAACCAUCAUCUGUGGUUGUGUCUGCACCAGGCUCUCUUCCCACUGGACCUCUACAAUUGACUGGUUCUCCUCCAGGAGCAACGACUGACUCUGGACCAUCUUCACCAGCCAGCAUCUCGACGUCUGCCUCUGAUGGUUCUAUCCCUACAUCCACUCCAUCCGGAUCACUUCAGUCCAGUGUGGCCUCUGGCUCCUCUACAUUGGAGUUGACCACAUCGACGGUCUUUUCUACUCGCACAGCUACUAUCACUGCAUGCCCUACUACAGCCCCCAGCUGCCCCGCCAGUUCGAAGACAACAUUUGUGACCACAGAGACAAUUCUAGUAUCCACCACAAUCUGCCCUAUCACCAGAACUCCUGGCCCUACUCAGACAGCAGCUGCCUCUCCUUCCACCACUGGAGGUGCUGGGGAUUAUAGCCAUGGAGACGGCGGCUCAGACUUCACAAUCUCCACCAUCUAUAGCACUCGCACUGCCACCAUCACCGCAUGCCCAUCUUCAGUGACCAACUGUCCCCUGAGAUCAAAGACUACAUACUUGACCACUGAAACCCUAGUUCUCUCCACGACGAUUUAUCCUGUGGCAGAUGCUACUGGUGUCAACGGCGCCGUGCCUACGAAGCAUACUACAUCUCCUUCUGUCAUUGAAGUAAUUGGGGGUGGCGAGAACGAUGCUUCCACGUUGACCACAUCUACUAUCUUCGCUACCCGCACCGCCACCGUCUUUGCCUGCCCCGAAUCUGUGACUGAUUGCCCACUGCGAUCAAAGACCUCACACGCAACUACCGAGACAAUCGCUGUCGCAACGACUGUCUUCCCAGUCUUCCCAGUCCACACAUCUGUCCCAGCCGAAGGCGUCAAAACAGACACUGUCCCUGUGACUGUUGCAAACCCUCAAGCUACCGGUGCUUCUCUCGGAUCUCAAUCCGGUUCUGGAAUUGCAGGGCCAGGCUCAGAUGCAGAUAGAGAUGCAGGCCCAGUCUACACCACGACUAUCGUCGUUGAAUCUUGCUCUGACGAUGAUACCUGUACCGGGUACAUCAACACUAUCGUGGUGACCCAGACCAAUGCUGCUAGACCCACCGCGGCUCCCUCUCUUCACACCCCACACUGGGGCUCCGGGGCUGGAGCUAGUGGUUCUGUCUCUGCCUCCUCGACUCAUUCGUGGUUCCCCAGCAGCCACUCUAGUGGAAUGGCUACAGCUACUGUUUCGACUGUGACAGGUGUAGUGAGUCCGGUGUACACUGGGGCUGCAUCUGUAGCUACUCGGUCGUCGAUGAUGCAGGCCGUGGGUUCUAUGAUGGUGAUUCUGCUGGCGAUCUUUAUCUAG